UCUCAAAUCCACAGGAGCUCCUAUUUUUACUACUAUCUUUUGCAUCAUUUAGUCUCUCCUUCGAAACUUCUAGAAACAACAAAAACCAACCGUUUCUCUCUCUCUCUCUCUCUCAGCCCGUGGUUUUGCUGCAACGAAUUACGACCGUGUUUCUGGUUUUCCGUUGGGUAGGGGUGAAGAUUUCGGGCCUUGUUAAUAUCCCAAUCCAUCUCUAUCAGAUAGAUCAAGAUGUAAUCUAAUUUGUGGAAUCGAACUGUUGCAGCAAAGCACCAUAUUGAAAUAGUUGGUGAAAACUAGUUAUGUUUUAAAAGCCGCAUAUGAAAAUCGGAGGCACAAGAAGUUGAUUAAUUAUCGAGGUCGAAUUCCAGAUCUGGUAGCGGUGUUCAUGGCGCCUAUAUCGGCGGAGCAGACCGGUGAAUCAGCACCGGCAGACUCGCAGAGAUCCGUUCCGACGCCGUUUCUGACGAAAACAUUCCAGCUCGUGGAUGAUCCCUCUGCAGAUGACCUAAUUUCCUGGAACGAUGAUGGCACAAGCUUCAUAGUUUGGCGACCAGCUGAAUUCGCUCGAGAUUUGCUUCCUAAGUAUUUUAAACACAAUAAUUUUUCCAGUUUCGUCCGUCAGCUUAACACCUAUGGAUUUCGGAAGGUUGUCCCUGACCGCUGGGAAUUUGCUAAUGACUAUUUCCGGCGAGGCGAGAAAGGCCUGCUUCGCGAAAUACAGCGGCGGAAAAUAUUGCCGGUGACGGCGGGAGCAACGGCUAAUACUGUAACGGUGGCUGUGGCGGCACCGGGCAGAACGGUGUCACCAACAACUUCGGGCGACGAACAGGUACUAUCCUCGAACUCAUCUCCGAUUGCUGCGAAUAAUAGUAAUACAGUGCACCGCACCACGAGUUGCACCACUGCGCCCGAGCUCUUAGAAGAGAAUGAAAGGCUUAGGAAAGAGAACAUGCAACUGAGUCACGAGUUGAGUCAAUUGAAGGGUCUAUGUAAUAACAUACUCGCCUUGAUGACCAAUUAUGGUUCUGGUUUUAGCCGCCAACUAGAAUCGUCUACUAGUGCUGUGAGGGCUGUACCUGUACCUGAAGGGAAAGCGUUGGAGUUUUUGCCUUCAAAGCAUGUUUUAUUAGCCGAGGAUAAUGCUGUGCAUGUGAGUGGCGCUGGCGACACGGCGGAAGCAGAGGUUCCCAAGUUGUUUGGGGUUUCGAUUGGGCAUAAACGAUGUAGGAGUAGGACAGAGAGCGAGAACGAGACCGAGAGAGAAGAACAGAAUCAAACGCUAACGCAAACACGAUCCUCUCAGGAACCAGAUGAUGUAAAAUCUGAACCGCUUGAUGGUGAGUACUCAGAUGAUCAGGAGCCUCGUUGGCUGGAGCUUGGAAAUAACGCGCCUUCGUAAUUCCUACUUGAUGAAUUGGCAAAGGAAAGUGUGUGUUUGGUUGUUGCUUUGUAACUCCAUGGCCACACGCGGCCAAACAGGCACACACUACAUUUUGCGUUACCCGAACGCUACACACAACACACUACUAGCGUUGCGCCGCUGCCAAUGGGGCUGACAGGCAACUUGAAUUUCCAUGUGCUGUAUGUGAUGUUACAUUAGGAGAAAGGGCACUUCUUGUUCUUAAAUAAUAAUAAUUAAACCCGCCAUUGGAGUGAACGUCUAAAAAGUCAUGCUGCUUGACUGUGGAACCUUGCAAAAGAAAACAAAUCUUGUUGAUAGCAGUGGACAGUUAACGCAUGCAAAUGGAGUAACUGAAACAAUGGAGGGCAGCCCUUUAAAAGAUUUAAAUUACCUUUUUUAGAAGGAAAAUGUGUGGGAUACAACUAAAUAUGUAGACAAGUGUCUGAUAUCAUAAAUUUUUCUAAUUUGAUUAAUGUAUUGUAAUGUUUCCAUCCAUUGGACGGAGUUCCUUCUUAAGUUUCAUGAUUCUAAUAUGUUUUUUUAUUUCUUUAUGGGAUUCCGUUUGUGAAUGCUGAAUGGGUCCUACACUAGAACUAGUCUUUUUUUAAUAUGUUACUUGAUUAGUUUGUUUUGAAUUAUAAAUUUUUCUUUAAAAUGUGUUUAAGAAAGAAUCUUUUAUUUUAAAAUGUAACUUAUACAUGAUUUUCAUGUCUGAUUCUUACUGUUCGGAAAUCUUAAAAUUGUUUAGUUUUUUACUUGAUUAAAUUUCUCUUCUAUUCACCUUUUAAACACUUUAUUUAAUUUUUGUGGAUUUUUGGCCCAAACCAAAUCUAGUUUUGGCCCAUAUCUGACUUCUCAGUCGAUAAAGCUAACAGUGUCUUUAGAGCGACCAUUGGGAACCUGAUGGGCUUCGGGCUGGAAGACAACAGCUCAGCUUAGGUUAAAGUACAAACUUAGCUAGAUCUGGUACGCAAGCGCUCUGUGACAUUCUCAAUUUCGUCUUAGCUAUUGCCACCAUAACAUGAUUUUUCAUGUUACGGUAAGAAGGCCCGUGUAAGUAUGUGCCGUUCCAGUUUGGCGACAUUAAUGUACAUUCUGUUUACUUCUUGAGAAGAAAAAUCUAAGACAAAACGGAACUACAAAAUUUUCAAUAAUUUCUUCUCUAGAAUAAAAGAGAGAAUCCCUAUAUAAAAUCUAUCGUGCAAAAAACUCCAGUUCAAUUUAUU